CGGUGAUCUCUGGGAUUCCCGUUACUCCGGUACUCCAUCUCUCCUCCAUCGGUUUUUUUCUGGGUUUUACGGGCUGUUUGCGAACCGGGGAGGUGCUGCGGGUCUCCGUUUGCCGGUCUGCGGCGGCAGGUGCGGUCGGUGUCGGAUCCGGGUUCGUCCGCCGCUCGGAGGCAGAAGGACGGAGAUAAAUCGGCGUCGUAAUCUCCCGGAUUUGAGCUGGAAACGGCGGAGAGACGGCGGAGGGAUCUCCGGUGGUUUCAGCCUCAACCGGAGGAAUUAAAUCAGAGGUUUUAUUAACGGAGGUCUGAAUGAGAGGCGCUGACCUUCCUUCUGCUGCUGCUGUCAACGACUCCGUCAUCAAUUAAUUAAUUUACUCCUCUAUGAAGAGAUAAACCUUAAAAUCACGGUCCUGCAUUAAAACCUGGUCUGCCAAAUAAAAUAAUAAUUAAUAAAAGGAUCUGGCUAAAUAUUAAUAUAGAAAAAUAAUAUUAUGACAGAACACAAUAUCAACAAUAUCUAAAAUUACAGUACAAGAAAACAGUUUGAAUUUACUUUUUUUUUUUUUUUAGAUUAGAUAAAAUAGAUAUAUUCUUAUUAUCUUAUCAUUUAUCAUGUCGUAUUCCACUAGACAUGUUUUAAAAAUAUUUUAAAAUUAUUAUAUUUCUAAUUAAAAUGUUUGUCCCAGAAACAAAAAGCUGAGCUAAAGUUACCAGAUCUCAUUCUCAAAAAAAAAAAAAAAUUAAAAGACAUGAAUGUCCUGCUCGGUUUGUGCUACUUGGCUGUCCUUAGCUAGCCGUGUGGAAUUAUGGGAAGUGUAGUUACUAAAGGGACUACAGUGAUGGACUACAGCUUCCAGCUGCAUUAGCAGCAGCAGACUGUUCCCCUGCUGGGGACUCAUCAGACUUCCUGCACUGGGACGUUUCCAGAUUUAUCAUGUCCGAUAAAACGGCUCCUCGGUGCCAGCUCCGGCUGGAGUGGAUCCACGGCUACAGGGGCCACCAGUGCCGCAACAACCUGUUCUACACCGCCGGUAAAGAGGUGGUGUACUUCGUGGCAGGGGUUGGUGUGGUCUACAACACCCGGGAGCACACCCAGAAGUUCUACCUGGGGCACAAUGAUGACAUCAUCAGUCUGGCCAUCCAUCCAGAUAAGAUCCAGGUGGCCACAGGUCAGGUCGGCAAAGACCCGUACAUCUGUAUCUGGGACACCUACGCCAUGCAGACUGUCUCCAUCCUGAGAGACGUCCAUACCCACGGAGUAGCCUGUCUCGCCUUCGACUCUGAUGGACAGCGACUGGCCUCGGUCGGUUUGGACGCCAAGAACACGGUGUCCGUUUGGGACUGGAGAAGAGGACGAGUCCUGGCCUCGGCGACGGGACACUCGGACAGAAUCUUUGACAUUUGCUGGGACCCAGUCCAGUCCUGUCGGUUGGUCAGCUGUGGAGUCAAACACAUCAAGUUCUGGACACUAUGUGGGAACGCUCUGACCCCGAAGCGAGGGAUCUUUGGGAAGACGGGGGACCUCCAGACCAUCCUGUGUGUCUCCGCAGCCAAAGACGAGCUGACGUACUCCGGCGCUUUGAACGGAGACGUCUACGUCUGGAGAGGAGUCAGUUUGAUCCGGACCGUCCAGGCUGCUCACGGGGCGGGGAUCUUCAGCAUGCACGCCUGUGAGGAGGGAUUCGCCACUGGAGGACGAGACGGCUGCAUCCGACUGUGGGACGUCGACUUCAAACCCAUCACCAAGAUUGACCUGAGAGAAGCCGAGCAGGGCUACAAAGGUCUGUCAAUACGCAGCGUUUGCUGGAAGGCCGACCGGAUUCUGGCGGGGACUCAGGACAGCGAGAUCUUUGAAGUGAUGGUCCGAGACCGGGACAAACCGGUUCUGUUGAUGCAGGGACACAGUGAAGGAGAACUCUGGGCUCUGGACCUGCACCCCAAGCAGCCGGUGGCCGUCACCGGAAGUGACGACCACUCCGUCAGGCUGUGGAGUCUCCCUGACCACACCCUUCUAGCUCGCUGUAACAUGGAAGAGUCGGUCCGAAGUGUCUCCUUCAACAACGACGGUUCUCAGUUGGCUCUGGGGAUGAAAGAUGGGUCGUUCACCGUGCUCCGUGUCAGGGACAUGACGGAGGUUGUGCACAUCAAGGACAGAAAGGAAGUGAUCCACGAGCUGAAGUUCUCUCCAGACGGUUCCUUUCUGGCCGUGGGGUCCAAUGACGGGUUGGUGGACGUCUACGCCGUCGCCCAGCGCUAUAAGAAGGUGGGGGAGUGCUGCCGCUCCACCUCCUUCAUCACCCACCUGGACUGGUCAGUCGACAGCCGCUUCCUGCAAACCAAUGACGGCGCCGGAGAGCGACUCUUCUACAGGAUGCCAGCGGGGAAGCUGAUCCCUAAAGAGGAGGCCAAGGGGAUCCACUGGAUGACCUGGACCGGUGUUGUUGGACCGGAGGUGAAUGGUAUCUGGCCCAAAUACUCCAACAUCAUCAAUGUGAACUCUGUGGAUGCUAACUACAGCAGUGCGGUGCUGGUGACUGGCGAUGACCUCGGCCUCGUAAAACUCUUCAGGUUCCCCUGUCUCAAGAAAGGAGCCAAAUUCAAGAAGUAUAUCGGUCACUCUGCCCACGUUACCAACGUUCGCUGGUCCAACGAUCUGCAGUGGGUCGUCAGCACUGGUGGCGCCGACCACGCCGUCUUCCAGUGGAGGUUUUUACCUGAGGGUGUCAUGAACGGUGUUCUGGAGCCGCUGCUCCAAGAGGGUUACGCCGACUCCAACAGCGGUGAGUCCGACUCAGACUUGUCCGAUGUCCCAGAACUUGACUCAGACAUCGAACAGGAAGCUCAGACCAGCUACGAACGUCAGGUGUAUAAGGAGGACUUGCCGCAGCUCCGGAAGAAACUGAUUGGUUCAUUGAAAAGACAGAAAGCUCCAGAGGAGGGGCUUCGCCUGCAGUUUGUUCAUGGGUACCGGGGUUUCGACUGUCGUAACAACCUGUUCUACAGUCAGACGGGGGAGGUGGUGUACCACGUGGCCGCCGUCGCCGUUGUCUACAACCGGAUGCAGCACAGUCAAAGGUUUUACCUCGGACACGACGAUGACAUCCUCAGCCUCGCCGUCCACCCGCUAAAAGACUACGUGGCGUCUGCACAGGUGGGCAGAGACCCGGCUGUCCAUGUUUGGGACAUCCAGACUCUCAAGUGUUUGUCGCUCCUUAAAGGACAUCACAGCAAAGGAGUGUGUGCCCUGGACUUUACAGUGGACGGGAAGAGUUUGAUCUCAGUGGGAAUUGAUGAGUUUCACUCCAUCGUCAUCUGGGACUGGAAGAAAGGAGAGAGACUGGCCAAGGCCAGGGGCCAUAAAGAUAAGAUCUUUGUGGUGAAGAGUAAUCCCUUCAGGAUGGACAAACUGGUGACGGUGGGCAUGAAGCACAUCAAGUUCUGGCAGCAUUCAGGAGGAGGUCUGACCUUCAAACGAGGUAUCUUUGGCAACCUAGGGAAGCAGGAGACCAUGAUGUCGGCGAGUUACGGACGGUCUGAGGACCUGGUCUUCUCUGGAGCCACCAACGGAGACGUCUACAUCUGGAGAGACACGACACUCAUCAAGACCAUCAAGGCCCACGACGGUCCUGUGUUCGCCAUGUGCUCCCUGGACAAGGGUUUUGUGACGGGUGGCAAGGACGGAAUCGUGGAGCUCUGGGACGACAUGUUUGAGAGGUGUUUGAAGACAUACGCUAUCAAGAGAGCCGCCCUGUCCCCGUCCUCUAAAGGAUUGCUGCUGGAGGACAACCCAUCCAUCAGAGCGAUCACUCUGGGUCAUGGACACAUCCUGCUGGGAACGAAGAACGGAGAAAUCCUGGAGAUCGACAAGAGCGGCCCGAUGACCCUGCUGGUUCAGGGUCACAUGGAGGGUGAGGUGUGGGGAUUGGCGGCUCACCCUCUACUUCCUGUCUGUGCCACCGUCAGUGAUGACAAAACUCUGAGGAUCUGGGAGCUGUCAGCCAAUCACCGCAUGGUUGCCGUCCGCAAACUCAAGAAAGGGGGGCGGUGCUGUGCCUUCUCUCCUGACGGUAAAGCUCUGGCUGUCGGUCUGAAUGACGGCAGCUUCCUGGUGGUGAACGCCGACACGCUGGAGGACAUGGUGACCUUCCACCACCGCAGGGAGCUCAUCUCAGACAUCCGGUUCUCCCAAGAUGCAGGGAAGUACCUGGCUGUGGCUUCACAUGAUUCCUUUGUGGACAUCUACAACGUCCUGACCAGUAAGAGAGUCGGCGUCUGUAAAGGGGCUGGAAGCUACAUCACUCACAUCGACUGGGACUCCAGAGGUAAACUGAUGCAGGUCAACACCGGCGCGAAGGAGCAGCUGUUCUUUGAGGCUCCGCGAGGACGCAAACAGAACAUCAGUGUGGCCGAGUUUGAGAAGCUGGACUGGGCGAGCUGGACGUCUGUUCUGGGCCCAACCUGUGAGGGAAUAUGGCCGACGCUCAGCUUCGUUAACUGCGCCUCGCUCACCAAAGACCGCAAACUGCUGGCCACCGGAGACGACUUCGGCUUCCUCAAACUCUUCAGCUUCCCGUCCAGGGGUCAGUUCGCCAAGUUUAAGAAGUACGUGGGUCACAGCACCAACGUGACCAACGUCCGCUGGUCCAACGACGACUCCAUGCUGCUGUCGGUGGGCGGGGCCGACACGGCGCUGAUGAUCUGGACCAGAGAGCCCACGGGUCACAAAGAGAGCAGAGCGGUGGACAGCGAGGAGUCGGACGACGACACCGAGGAGGACGGAGGCUACGACAGUGACGUGGCCCGGGAGAAGGGGGUGGACUACGUCACCAAGAUCUACUCCGCCAGCAUCAGGAACAUGUCGGGAACCAAACCACACCUGCAGCACAGAGAGCUUCCAGUGGAGGAGAGGCCUCCUGUGAGCCGAGCUGCACCGCUGCCGGACAAACUGCUGAAGAACAACGUGACCAAGAAGAAGAAAGUGGUGGAGGAGUUGGUGUUGGAGCACGUCUUCGGCUACAGAGGCUUCGACUGUCGCAACAACCUGCAUUACCUCAACGACGGCGCUGAUAUCAUCUUCCACACCGCCGCUGCCGUGGUCAUCCAGAACCUCUCCGCUGGAACUCAGAGUUUCUACCUGGAGCACACGGACGACAUCCUCUGUCUGACUGUCAAUCAACAUCCCAAAUACCAAAACAUCAUCGCCACCGGGCAGAUCGGCGACGCCACUGACCUGCCAGAGGCUGAAGUGUCGGGCCUUGCCCCGUCCAUCCAUGUGUGGGACGCCAUGACCAAGCAGACGCUAUCCAUUCUGCGUUGUUCACACGCUAAAGGUGUCGGCUACGUCAACUUCAGCGCUACAGGAAAGCUGCUGCUGUCUGUGGGGGUGGAGCCUGAACACACCAUCACAGUGUGGAGGUGGCAGGAAGGUACCAAGGUGACCAGUAAAGGGGGCCAUGCCGAGCGGAUCUUUGUGGUGGAGUUCAGACCUGACUCUGACACCCAGUUUGUGUCGGUGGGAAUCAAACACAUCAAGUUCUGGACUCUGGUCGGAGGUUCGCUCAUGUACAAGAAAGGCGUGAUCGGCUCGGUGGAGGACGGCCGGAUGCAGACCAUGCUGUCUGUCGCGUUUGGUGCUAACAACUUGACGUUCACUGGUGCUAUCAACGGAGAUGUGUUCGUUUGGAGGGAGCACUUCCUGAUUCGGGUGGUGGCGAAGGCCCACAGUGGUCCUGUCUUCACCAUGUACACCACCCUGAGAGACGGACUCAUCGUCACCGGGGGGAAGGAACGACCGACCAAAGAGGGCGGUGCUGUGAAGCUCUGGGACCAGGAGAUGAAGCGUUGCCGAGCGUUUCAGCUGGAGACUGGCCAGCCGGUGGAGAACGUCCGAUCCGUCUGCAGAGGGAAGGGUAAAAUCCUGGUGGGAACCAAAGACGGGGAGAUCAUCGAGGUUGGAGAGAAGAAUGCUGCCUCCAACACCAUGAUCAACGGACACACUCAGGGAGGGAUCUGGGGUUUAACAGCUCACCCUUUCAAAGACGUCUUCAUCUCAGCCAGCGAUGACGGGACUAUCAGAAUCUGGGACCUGGGUGAUAAGAAACUCCUGAACAAGGUGAGUUUGGGUCAUCCUGCCAAGUGUACGUCCUACAGUCCUAACGGUGAGAUGGUUUCCAUCGGCAUGGAGAAUGGAGAGUUCAUCGUCCUGCUGGUCAACUCUCUCACCGUCUGGGGCAAGAAGAGGGACCGCAGCGUCACCAUUCAGGACAUCCGGUUCAGUCCAGAUAACCGGUUCCUGGCGGUGGGUUCAGUUGAGAGCGCUGUGGAUUUCUACGAUCUUUCUCUGGGACCAUCGCUCAAUCGGAUCGGCUACUGUAAAGACAUCCCUGGCUUCGUCAUCCAGAUCGACUUCUCUGCCGACAGCAAACACAUCCAGGUGUCCACCAGCACCUACACCCGUCAGGUGCAUGAAGUUCCCUCGGGGAAAGUCGUCACAGAUCCGAUUGUCAUUGAGAGGAUCACCUGGGCGACCUGGACCAGCAUCCUGGGCGACGAGGUUCUCGGCGUUUGGCCUCGUAACGCAGAGAAGGCCGACGUUAACUGUGCUUGUGUUUCUCACGCCGGCCUCAACCUGGUGACCGGAGACGACUUCGGCCUCGUCAAGCUGUUUGACUUCCCCUGCUCCGAGAAGUUUGCCAAACACAAGCGCUACUUCGGUCACUCCGCUCACGUCACCAACAUCCGCUUCUCCUGCGACGAUAAAUACGUCAUCAGCGCCGGCGGCAGCGACUGCAGUCUGUUUGUGUGGAAAUGUCAGUGAGUCCUCUCCUCCUCCUCCUCUUCUCUGAUGGACUCCUUGGGGAUCGAACCUGUGACAUCGACUCUUUUUAUUUAUUUAUUUAUUUUUUUUACUGUGAUCAAGUCCUCGGUUUCUAUUUCCUGUGUUUAGCCGUAGCUGUGUGAUGUAGCGUAGCUAGCGUCAGGACGUGCCUUCUCACAGACUCUGACCAAACAUUUGAUACGACUUUAUCUCGUGGUGCUAACGUGGUCACUUAGGGCUCUUACAGGCGUCAUGUUGUUGUGUCGGUUUAAAAAACAGAAAGAUGGAUCUACUUCUGAUCCCAGAAAUAAUAAAUCAAUAGAAAAUAGCUUGUUUAAAUAAUAAUAAUAAUAAAAAAGACCUUCUACCUCAGAGUGAAUAAAAGAAGAUGUGUGAAGGUAGAAACUAGAUAUUUAACUAGAUAUGUUUCUGUUUGUGUUGAUUCGUCUUACGGCCACAUGGUGGCGCUGUGUGCUCGGAUUUAAAGGGAAAAAUUGAAAACAUGAGACCUGGUCGCUAGUCAACGCGUUUCAUGUAGCGUUCAACGGUUCUUUAAAGAAAACUCUUUUUAUUUUUAAGGGUAUUUCAGGUGUUUUACUUCCUUUAGCGUCCGGAGGACGUGAAAAGUUUAAAGUCAGCAUGUGGACAAGAACAUCCAGAUUUAAAAAAAACAAAAAAUGCUGAACGUAUAUUUGGAAUUUUAAAUAAAAUAUAAAAUGAAAGCACAAACCUUUUGUACUGUGCUACAAUGACCAGAA